AUGCCGCCGCCGCCGACGACGAAGCGCCUGCCCGCCGCGCAGGACUUUCCCUCUGCGAUCACUGUCACCAUCACCCCUCCUCCCCCAGGACACCCACCCACCAACGUCCUUCUCCUCCUCCACGGCCUCGGCGACACCCACGCCCCCUUCGCGCGCCUGGGCGCGCAAAUGUCCCUUCCCGAAACCGCCUGCAUCGCGGUGCGGGCGCCGGCGCCUCUGCCUUUCGAUCUGGGCGGCUUCCACUGGGGCGACGACGUGCUCUUCGACGAGCGCACCGGCGACAUGGACCCGGACGCCGGCUUCAAGACCGCCGCCCGCCUGCUGCUCGACGACGUCGUGCGCGGCGUGCUUGUGCAAAAGUGCGGCUACGCCCUGCGCGAUGUCGUGCUGUUCGGCUUCGCGCAGGGCGGCAUGGCCGCACUGCAGGUGGCCGCCGAGCUCGGCAAGGCGGACGGGGAGCAGGAAUUGGGCGGCGUGGUGAGCGUCGGCGGCGCGGUGCCGGCUAGUGCGUCGUUGUCGGAGGGGAGCAGCACGAAGAAGUUCAAGACGCCUGUGCUGCUGUGCAAGGCGGUCCGCGGCUCGAGCGUGUCGGACGGCGCGGUGAAACGUCUGAAAGAUAGCUUCGAGUUCGUUGAGGUCAAAGAGUGGAAGCGUGUCGGCGACGGCAUGCCUAGCAAUCGGGAUGAGAUGCUGCCCAUAAUGCAGUUCUUUGCCAGAAGGCUCAAGAGUAUGAAAGGAGUACCGCAGGGCGCGGUGGAGAUUUCAUAG